AGCCAGAUUGAUAAGUUGCCAGCACAAAGAAAGCGGCGACUUCCGCCGGAGGUAUCCAAAAAUACACCACGAUACGAUGCAGAAACCGCCCAAUUUCGAAAAACCUCCGCAGUGUGGUGGCUACUCUGCGAGCACGUGGUCGCAAUGUUGAAAUCGUUGUUUCCUUGGAAACACAACAAAACAAAACGGGCUAUGGCAGUACAACAAACGAUGGAGGAAGAGCUCAUCCUUCAAGAGCAAAACCUUGUCCCGUGCCACGUGUGUGGCCGGACGUUCCUUCCCAAUCCCCUCAAAAAGCACGAGAAGGUCUGCGAGAAAAACGCCCUAAAAAAACGCAAACCUUUCGACUCCCUGAAACAAAGGGUUGAGGGAACGGAACUCGCGGCAUUUCAUCAGAAGAGUUACUUGAAAAAAACCGUCGAGCCUCAAGAACAAAAGAGAUCGAGGUCAAGCAAGUGGAAAGAGAAACAUCUCGAGUUGGUGACUGCUAUAAGGGCGGCCAAAGGUAUACCAAAUGAAAUGCAGUCCAGGUCACCGAAAGCAAAAAAUACAACCCUUACGGAACGGUGUCCCUCUUGCGACCGCCAUUUCGGACCUAAAGCUUAUGACAGACACGUGGAAUGGUGCACAGAGCGAAAAGCUCGUAUCCAACAGUCGCCUGCCAGCGUGCAGAAAGCCAAAGAGAUGCUGGAGGCCAGAAUUAAGUAUAGGGUUCCGCCAUUGAAUAAAUCGAAACGCGCCCGAGUUAGGGAGAAGUACUCUACAACUCCUAAUGAUUCGGAGACGGCCAGCGUGAAAAGCGUCGGCUCCAACUUAUCGUUGUUGUCGACCUCGUUUUCGAGGGGGCCCAGUGUACGCAAACCCAAAUCGUUGGUUAACGUGAGCAAGGUUAACGAUCAGAAAAAUGUGGAAAAAUUGGAUUUGGAGAGGGGCAGCGGAGAUAAAGUCAAACAAGAACACGUGAAAUGCGUAUUACCGGAUAUCGGAACUCCGGGGACCAAAACGGAACUCGCAAACAGCGCAUUUGCAAAUGGCGCAUUUAUCAAAGGAAACUUAACUGGUAAAAAAAUAAGCUCUGUAAUUGUCAAUGAUCAAAUAUGUGAUAUGAUUAUGUCUCCGAAAAUGGUCACCUGGAAGGAUACCACACAGAACAAUUCCGAAGAAUUUGUUCCUCAGACCAAAAGAACUUACUUUCAGAUGCACAAGAGAAAAACCGUCUAUUUGUCGUCAAACAGCGUUAAGUCCGUACAAAAUAUCGCUAAAGAUGUUGUAGAAUGUGCCAUUGAUAACUCCAAGCCACAGGUGGAGAAAAUAUUAUCGUCCAGCGAUAUACUUCACAAAUCCAAAAUCCCCACCAACUGGGCGUUCAAAAAGGUCACGGAAGUACUGAGGAAAUACAAAAAAAGAACCCCGAAGCUCAAGGAUGUUAAUUCUAAAGAUACGAAAAAUAAGGAACACUGUAGUUUUACCGAUAUACCAGAGUCAAAAGAAGUUCGGGUGCGAUCUGUUGAACCCAUCGAAAAAGUUAGUGAUAUUUCAUUUGUUGGAAGAAAUUCUGAAAGCAUUUCUACGGACAAUCGAGAAUUUGAAUCGGUAUAUCGACAAAUUUUAGACGUACGUCUAGAUCUUGCCGAGGUUACCGGGUGUCGAAAGGGGGUUGAGUUUCUAAAUGCAGAUACUGAGGUUUUUAUACCAAACCAUUCUUCAGAUGUCGACAUGGCAAAAGAAAUAAGAAUUGGUAGAGCGGAGGAAAUGCAUUCGAAAGAAAAAGCUUCCUUUGGUGAUGGAGUUUCAGAUAUAUCAGGACUUAAAGAAGUUAUGUCUUGUUCUUCCGGGGAUAAUAGGGUCUCACCAAAUUCCAGGGCACAAAUAAACAAUACUGAAGCAAAUGAACUAUUAGCAUUAGAAGGCUCAUGGAAGGCUUCAGGAAAAAGACAAAAUAACAUGUUGUUACCCUUAAAUCCCUUAAACAGCGUGAACUCCUUGACCGAUGAGACUUCUGAGACUUCAGAUAAAGCUAAAAUGCAAAAUAUCAUGUGGCAACCCUUAAAUCCCUUAAAUAUAGACAAAAGGCAAAAUAACGCGUGGAAACCCUUAAACAGCGUUAAAUCUUUCACCGGUGAGGGUCGUGAGACUUCAGAUAAAGAUGAAAGGCAACAUAACAUAUGGACAGCCCUAAAUCCCUUGAAUAGUGAGAGUUCUGAGACUUACCCGUUCCGAUGUCUGUUUGAAAAAACCCUGAACGUUUCCAACAAACGGUCCUGUUCCGACGUAGCUCUAAACAAGAGCAGCAAGAAUUCGCUGGUCUCGAUUUACUUAAAUAAAAGGGAUGGCGACUCGGAGAGCAUCGAAAACGUUACCGCUAGCGGGUCGCUUCCGAAUUUGAGUUUAGAAUAUUACAACAUUGAAAAAUUCAGAGAACAUAGAGUACAAAAAGUCAAAACGGCAGCCCAUACGGCGAGCGACGGUGGUGAAAACUACAGCGUUCCUAAAAAGAAAAUGAGGUUAUGUUCGAGUAGCACAAGUUUGACCCUGUCGUUUAGGAACGAAAGCGCGAUGUCAAAAUGUUCGGCGACUUCAGCUGUUUCCCCGAGAGUUCGCGAAUUGGUCGGGAAAAUUUUGAAGGGCAGGAGCCUCAGGUCGGACGACAACGAGGUGAUUUUGGGAAUUACCCUUAGCGAGUGCGAAAAAUUGAUCCGAAUGAGCGGCGAGCAAUUCGCUAGAGUUGCGAAAAGAUUCGCGAAAGAUCGAGUUAAGUUGCCUUUGGUCGUCGUGGACGGAGCAGAACGGUCGGUAACGAAAAGAGACGAAGGAGUUCAGGUGGAAAUCGAGUCGAAAGGGGUGGAUUUUAAGCUGCCUUUUAUCGGGAGCACGCGCAGACAUAAAGAAACUAAGGACGACAGGUGACGGUGCGGCUUUGAAUAUAUUGAAUCGGUUGAUAUUCGUUACUGCAAGCCAGGAGCAGUAACGGAGGCUAUUGGUAACCCAAGAAACACCAUGAUUGUAAAUUAUUAAUGCUCGCACUUAAACCACUUUUUAUUAUAAAGUCAAGCUUUGGCUGAGUUUGCAGGCUUGCAUCAGAACGAUGACUAUGUCUGUAAUACUUUUACUACUUACUGCUUUGCCCUCCUAGAGGAUGACUUCUUGGAAGUCUUUCUGAUGAGAUGUGGUACUGGGACCGUACCACUGGCGCAAGUUUUUUAGCCACGAUGUUCGCCGGCGCCCUGGACCACAUUUGCCGUCUAUCUUUCCCUGGAUGAAAACCUGCAGUAAUCCAAGCCUCUACUUCGUAAAGAAGGGCGUUAAAACAACGACGGAACAGAUGAACACUUAGGGAAAUAUUCAAAUGUCUAGUGGUCUGCAGGUUUAUAAAAGUCUGUAUGGACUGUUUUGCGUUCUUGACAUUGAGUUUGAGUUCUGUAACUGCAGUCAAAAGUUCUUGUACGUUUGCAAUGUUGGUGGCCAGCAAGACCAUGUCGCAAGCAUAUCGUUGUUGAUUACAGUUCCUUCAAUCACUACGAUCGACCUCGAAAAAGAAAAAGUGUAAAUAGGGGGGGAGGAGGCUGCAUAUUUGAAUCAACGGAGGUAUUAACGGCAUGUUAAUCGUCCUUACCAAGCCUGAACACCCCUGCGAAAGCUCGACUUUAUAAUAAUUUACCCGCUUCCUCUACCAUAGGGGUGGAUCCCUGUUAGCGUUCGUUGGAUAUUCAUUACAUUCGUAAUGCUGAGAUAGAAUAAAAUAGAUAUAUAGAGACUCCACUUAAGGUAAUAAUAGUCCAUUUCGUAAGUAACGUUGAUACAUAUCAAGUAGGGAUGCUCAAUACGCGCAAGCGAGAGUCGUUUGUGGUUUGACAGAUUUGACGGAUGUCAUCGUCCGAGCUAGUGUGUGGACACUGGCGUUUAAAACAAAAAUAUGCAAAGUGCAGAUUAUUGUGUCGACUUUGUUACGUUUUUUACCUACAUCUACCUACAUCUACAUCAAAAGGCUGCGGAACGCCAAAGGAUGAGUCAUCACAUUAAUGGAGAGAUAUAUCUAGUCGCAUAGCGUUCAUAAUAUCAAAUUUAUAGGUGAAAGAGAAUAAAAAAAAAUACGUUUUAACUGCUUGAUAUUAAUUUAACAUUUAAAAUUGAAUACAAAUAUGUACAAUAGGUAAAGAUAGAUUUGAUAGAAAUUGAUACAGAGGCGGUGCAUAGGUAUUUUAAAAAAUAUAUAUUUUAUUUCUUUUUAAAUGAGUCGCAGUUCUGGGCGAGGGUACGAUCAAGGUUUCAGAGUUUCUAAAAAACUUAUAUUGAGAUAUUGGCUGCAGUAUAAGCAUAUUUCCCAAGAGUACUUAAAAUAGUCUAUACUUUUUCUAUGUUGUUAUCUACUAUUAGUAUCUUUCGGGUUUAAAUUUGAAAAUCUAACUUCGGUAAUUAUUUUUUCAAGCAGAUUUAUAUCACUCGUCGUAUCAUUUCGGUGUGACGCUGAUUGACUGACAAAUAAAAAUUCUGUGACACAAAAACGCGACAUUUGAACUUAACUGUAUUUACAUAAAAAAAAAAUGUGUUUUUUUGACAAUUUUUCAGGUGCCAGCAAUUUAAAGUCUAUAAUAAACUACUUAUUUUUGCAAAUGCUUCUUCAAAAUUAGUAAAAGAUAUUUUGAGUAUAUGUUUUUUUGCGUUGUUACUGAAGGACUUUCUCUGACAACGUUCGGGCUUAGACAAAUAACUCGGACAACCAGGUAAAACUGAAAAUACUGCACCUGCAGCGGAGAUGAUAUUAGCACUGAAUAAAAAAAUAUAUAAAUAUAAAAACCACUUUUGAUCGGACGAGGUGUUUUUCACUUAAACGUUAGUACUUCUCCAGUUUUUUCGCCUCUGCUUGUGAGAAUGAGAAAAUUACCACUUAUAGCCCAUUCUUAUAUAAAAAAAAAUAGUAAUACACCAAAUGCAAGGCUUUAUAAUUUUUACAAUCACAGUGUGCAGUUUAAAUAGGUAUUAUCUCUCACACAAACGAUUAUGGAAAUAUCAUCUUAUACACACAUUAAUUCUGAGACUUGUAAUGAUGGGCGAACUAUUCACACGUUUUCGCAAGUACUGUUCCUUUAAUUUGUCACUUUUUCUGUAUCGAAUAUUUAUUAGAAAAAUUAACGUAAUGGAAACGUAUAACCUUAAAAGCGACAUCUAUCUUCCCAUUUCGUGGUGACUCACCGAUUGUUUAUAGAUUUUCGUUUCUCCGUUUUAAAUGUAGAGGUCGUUUUGCUUUUGCCUGUAUCUGUGUAUAUCAUCAAACUCAAAGAAUACACAAUUCAAUUAUGAAAUCAUUAAAAUUGCAACCUGAACUACAAAUCAAUUAGGGUCUUGAUUUGAGUUUUUAUAUGACAGAAUGGUUAGUAUGAAGGUUGGGGAGAAAUGUAUUCAGUACUUUUUCGUUUUCUCGUAUUAUUUUUGAAUUUCAAAAUGGCAAUACUAACUUCCGGAAAAUGAUUUUAAUUUGUUUAUCUUUGAGGGCUCGCUAUGUGGGACAGUGCUAAUUUCCGGCAAGAAUGUAUAUAGGAAUAAUCGUUCGCACAUGUGAUAAGCUCUUUAAGUUUGCCUGUAGGUCCUAGAGUAAAAGUAAAGGUACAAGGUAUAAAAGUAUCUUCCGUUUAAGAAAAUACGUAAUAGCUAUAUUGGUUUUAAAACUUUUUUUCCCGAAAUUUAUUUAAAUAGGCACGAUGCCGAAAACGUCAUCAUGAUAUCAUGAAAUCAUAAUAUUUUGAGAACAAAACUCACCAAAAUGCAAUGAGCUAGUCAUAAUGGUUGUUUCCAUCAUUGUAAAAUUAAAAUGCGUAUUUGAAAACGAAACUGAAAUAAAAUAACUAAUUUUAAAGUUUAUAACGGGUGCCCAAUAAUUAACAAAACGGUGGAAUAUCUCGAGAAUUACACAAUCAAGCAUGACCCUCCCCCGCUGAGAAAAUGGCUAUAGGUCGCUAAAAAUUUGUCCGAAGUUGUUCUACCUCUCAGAUCGUAAUAAAUCCACCACCAAUUCCACUUGGUGGAAAAUUAAGGACGCCCGGUCUUAUCUCGUAAAGUGAUUGCCGAAACGACUGAGGUGAAAAAACUUGUGACUAUUAAGGUGGCUACGAGAAAAAAACCGGAAAUUAUUUUUAGGUCUCUAGAAGACCGACAGGGGGUAAACGUAUUCUUGAAGUUAAAAGCUUAAAAAUAAUUUCCAACAUUUUUCUCGGUCACUUUAGACAUAAGUUUUUCACCACAAGUCUUUGCGACAAUUAUUUUUCGAAAUAGGGCCGAGUAUACUUCUUGA